UUAUGCAGACCGCGGGCACGGGAUGCUUAAACAACAUUAAUACAACAUGGCCAGUUUAGUAUUUAGUAAUAAUAGUCUUCUAGCUCUGAUCUCCUGCAGUAAAUUUAGGAUACUUGAUUGCAAUGAUGGGAGUUGUAAAUUUUCCUGUGAACUCUCAAGCAUCAAACCAAACACAGAUAGUAAGACAACAAAGCCUGAUACAAGCGACGCUAAACAAGACCCUGCGCUUGGCCAUGGCAACAUUGGGUGUUUCUCUUCAUCUGGUAGAUACUUUAGUCUUUGCAUGACCAAUAAGACAGUUACAUUAUGGGAGACAGACACUUGGAAGUGUCUUAGUACUAGAUCAUUGGAGAAAAAGGCUACAGCGAUAUUGUUUACAAAGGAUGAAAAUUAUAUUGUUGUAGCUGAUAAAACUGGAGAUGUGUACAAAUUUUCAACCAAUGAUGUUCAUUCUGAAGGCAUCCUUUUACUUGGCCACAUUUCUAUGAUUAUGGACAUGGCUUUUAGUAAUGCUGACAAGUUUAUUAUCACAGCAGAAAGAGAUGAAAAGAUAAAAGUAACACACUUUCCAAACUGUCAUAACAUUGAGGCAUAUUGCUUAGGACAUACUGACUUUGUAAGCAGUAUCGGAGUGAUAAAAAGCGAAGAUGAUGAGAUACUGGUAUCUGGCAGUGGGGAUGGAUGCGUCAUGUUCUGGGAUUUCAAAUCUGGGAAAAGAUUACACACUGAAUGCUUGAAUGAACAAAAAGAGGAAGAAGGAAAAGAAAUACAAGAUGACAAAGUUAUUGUUUCUGUUUCCUGUUGUCCAAAAAAUAAUGUUGUCUGUGUGAUGACAGAAAGCUCUUGUUUACUUCAUUUAUAUCAUGUUAGCAAUGACAAUAACCUAAAAGUCACCAAGUUACCAACCGUUACUACUAGUGUACCUCCUUGGAACAUUACGUUUGAUUCAAAUGGACUACUUUGGUGUUUACAACCAAUGAAAAGUGAGCCGCUAAUGGUAUUCCAUCCAGAAGGUGCAGUACAACAUAUCAAGUACGUAAAACUCGAACAGUUUGAAGACCUGCCUGUUUAUUCUACUGCAAGUGAUUGGACUUAUCUUGAAGAGUGUGUAGGCAAGGAGAAGCAGCUUUCUGCCCUGCGAAGAAAGAAAGACAUGGAUAACCUGAAAGAGUACCUCACCAAGAAAGAAGAGCGUAUUCGACAAAAAAAGGCUCGUCUGGGUGGGUUAGAUGUAGAAGAAUGUGACGCAAAGCGAAUAAAGGAAUAGUUUUUUCGUAUGCUU